CAAAAAACGCUCUCUCACAUUUAAAUUUCAUAUAUUUAAGAAAUUUAAUCAAAUCGUCUUAAAUGUCAACCUUUAAGCCAAAAUUCUUAAAGCCGGAUACGGACGAUGCUAUUUCGGAAAGCGUGGGUGGCGAACAGCAGUCCUCCGGCUUUAUAUUUAAUGCCAACCACAAUCUGGGACUUGUGGAGCAGAGAGAGCGCUUGCCAAUACGUCAGUACCGGGAUCAAAUACUUUACUGCUUAGAGAAGCACCAAGUGGUGAUUCUAGUGGGAGAAACCGGCAGCGGCAAAAGCACCCAAGUUCCUCAGUAUUUAUACGAGUGGGGCUGGCACACCAAGGGACUUAUUGGCAUCACCGAACCUCGACGUGUUUCCACCGUUACCCUGGCAAAUCGAGUAGCCCAAGAACGGGGAGAACUUGUGGGCGAUACUGUGGGUUACGUUGUGCGCUUUCUCGAGAGGAUCACCCCGGACACCAAGAUCAAGUUUAUGACCGAGGGAAUCUUGCUGCGCGAACUUCUCGCCGAUCCGCUGCUCACCCAAUACGGAGUUAUUAUUGUAGAUGAAGCCCACGAGCGAAAUAUGCUAACCGACAUGGUACUGGGUCUUCUUAAGAAGAUCCUGCGCAAGCGGAGCAACCUCAAGCUUAUCAUUUCAUCGGCCACCAUAGAUGCGGGCUUCUUCAGCGAAUUCUUUAGCUGGCCAGGAUCAGGAGAGGUCAGUGUGAAGCUUAGCAUCGAAGGUCGAAUGCAUGCUGUGAGUAAUUUCUACCUCAACGAACCCUGUGCCGAUUAUGUCAAGGAAACAGUGGAGACGGUUUGGAAACUGCAUCAGAAGGAACCGCCUGGCGAUAUUUUAGCCUUCCUUACCGGUCAGGAGGAAGUCCUCGAGGCACUGGAUCUCCUGCGAGAAUACAUUGCCAGCUCGGAGCAGGAAAACCUCAAGGUGCUGCCCAUGUACGGGAGCAUGUCCAGCACCGAUCAAUUGGCUGUCUUUUUUACGCCACCAAAAGGUGUGCGAAAGGUAGUGCUGGCCACGAAUAUUGCUGAGACCUCUAUUACCAUUCCUGAAAUAGUUUACGUCAUAGAUUGUGGCUAUGUGAAGGUGAAGUGGUACAAUCCCAGUACCUGCAGCGAUAGUUUGGUGGUCGUUCCCGUGAGCAAGGCCUCGGCGAUCCAAAGAGCAGGACGAGCGGGUCGAAUGCGUCCGGGAAAAGUUUACAGAUUGUAUACAAAGGCGGAUUUUGAUGCACUGGCUCCUCGGCAGCCGCCAGAGAUGCGACGCAGCGAAAUGAGCGGAGCUGUGCUCCAACUGAAGGCCCUGGGCAUUGGAAACAUUCUUCGCUUUGAUUUUCCCUCUCCGCCGCCGGCACAGAAUCUUCUAUCUGCGUUGGAGGGUCUCUUCGCCCUGGACGCCAUCGAUGAGCAGGGUAAUCUGACCAAGCCAGUGGGUUACCUGCUAGCCGAGCUGCCCUUCAGCGCGAUGCUUUCGAAGAUGCUCUACGUUUCCGGGCAGAUGGGCUGCUCCGAGGAGAUCAUCACUAUCAUUGCGAUGCUGCAAGUUCAGUCCAUUUUUUCGCGACCAGUUUCAGCGGUUGCCCAGCAAAGUGGACGAAUUGCCCACAGACACUUCGAAGUGGCCGAGGGGGACUUCAUCACGCUGUUGAACGUUUACACCGGCUUUGUGGAGGAGGGCAUGACCAAGGAGUUCUGUGGCCAGUACUACCUCAUCUACAGAAAUCUGAAGAGGGCCCACGAACUGAGGGAACAGCUCAUCACUUUGGCCAGAAAAAAGUACGGCAUUCCGAUCUUUUCGUGCAAGGGAGAUGUGGAAACGCUGUGCAAGUGCAUCACUGCAGGAUUCUUCACCCAGGUGGCCUAUCUGCAUCACUCCGGAGUUUAUCGACAAAUCAGCAGCGGCACUGAGUUGGCCAUACAUCCAAACUCCACACUUUACACGUUGCCGCAAGCGCAGUAUGUGGUUUACGCGGAACUGCUCCAAACGACCAAGUUGUUCAUGAACCACGUGACGGUGAUUAAAAGGGAGUGGCUGACGGAGCUGGCUCCACACUAUUAUCAGCAGAUGACAGUGCGGGAUUAGCAGGAAAUCGGACCUUAGGGAUAAGAUUUAUUGUAACAUUAUAGUUUAACGCCUCUUGAAAACAACUUAAGCUAAAAGUAUGUGGAACUGGUGCUGUGUUCACUUUGAGUCUAACCAGCGGCCACGCGUCCACGACCCUGGA